UAGGCUCAUUUGCCUAUCAUUUGUUCGCUCUAUAUUAAGACAGAAUAUUCGAGCUUGUUUAAAUUUUAAAUGGCACUUGAAUGGUUUCCUCAGUCAACGGAGAAGUUCAACAAAAGCUGCGCCGAAAACGUGAAACGUGAUUCCGCAUUUGAUUACAUUUCCGCACUGUUCUCUGUCAUAGUUUUGUGCCAAGCUUUCGUGUGCAGGUGAAUGAUAUAUAUAUACCACGUCGAUUUUUCGACAACAGUUAAUGAUGCAGUUGAAUACAAAUAGUACUGUAGAACCAAAUUCUACUGUUGAAAAUGAGACCCCGAACAGUAUAAGCCUGAAUUCGUUCAUGGGAAUAUUUAUUAUGUGUUUUUACAUCGUUGUGUACUCAACUUCGACUGUGGGAAACUUGGUCGUUCUUUGCAUUUGCGCCAAAAAUGGACGAAAAAACGCCGCUUUUCAGCCUACACGCACGGGAUUUUUCAACCUGUACAUCGCAAAUCUUGCCAUUGCGGACCUCUUGUUCACGCAGUUGACUAUUUUUGAUGCCGUUUACGCGAUUCUCGGCGAGUGGACGAUGGGUGCCAUGUUGUGCAAGGUUCAGGGAUUUCUCGUGGAGUUAUGUUACUCCGCAAGUAUUUUAACUCUGAUAGCAAUUAGCCGAGAAAGACUUAAGUCGAUGUCCGAUUUACAAAUGAAAUCGCGUCUUCAAAGGAUCAAGGAGAGGAAAUCGCGCUCUGCAAUUGUAUGGAUUGUUGCUAUAGUGCUCUGUUCGCCUCUUCUGUACGCGUACAACUUGAAUAGAGAAACUUCAGGCACCGUCCGCUGUUACAAUGACGCUUGGUCGCACAUUGGAAGACGAAUUUACUACAGCAUAACCGCUGUAAUCCUAUUCAUUGUUCCACUGGUCAUCAUGAUUUGGACACAACUUAAGAUCAAACGCGUUUUCAAGUCUCAGGUCGCGCCAACCCAGCAAAUUGCGAUCUCGAUGCGGGCGCGUCAAAAGAAAGCCAGUCGAAUGCUUUUUGUCGUCACCAUCGUCUUCUUUGCGUUUUGGUCCCCGUUUAUUUUCAUACGAACUCUUCGUUAUUUUAGUUGGUAUGAGGGGUUUAUUAUCUGGAAACUCAGCCAGCUAUCAACGAUUGCUUCCGCGGGAGCAAACCCGUUUAUUUACAGCUUUUACAGCACGCACUUCAGGGUAUACAUCAAGAGAUUUGUUACGUGCAAAUGUGGCCUGAUGGCGGCGGGUGAGAAUGGGGACAUUUCAACUGUGAAUACUGUGUAUUGAGAGCUGUAUUUAUGGUUUUAAGAUUUUUCUACAAUUUCCUAUUGCUAUUUAAAAGGAGGCUUAAAAUCUCAUUAACAGCUGACAGGUGUCUUACAAAUGGCGGUGAUUUUUUUUUCCUGUGCCAUCUUGCUUGUAUCUAGGUAUCUACGGGCUCUUUCUGCGAUUUUGCCAUAAAUUUCCAUAAUUAUGAUAUAUGGUAAGAUAAGAGGCUUGUAAAACUUACUAUAACGAACUGAUAGGCAGAUUAGACGCCCUCGGUGAUCUUUGCGUUAACCUGACGCAGCGGUUUAUUCAAGCACUAUAAGCAAGCCGAGUUUUAAUUCAUUAUUUUUUUUUGUAGUCAUUUAUCUUGGUAUCAUACCGGUAGCUUAUUAAACCUCUGCUUGAGAAGCCUAUUUAUCACAGCUCUACCUGGGAGGUCACUGUGUUUGUUUAGGACGCAGUGUGUUCGAUAGUGAAAAUACAGUAUGCAAAUUUAUACUUCUGUUUAAAUUCUUGUUCGUGUAGUACAGAUUUCUAAUCAGAUGGUACUUUUUUUUAUCUAGUAUGUGCUUUUUCGUGUUAUCUACAAGUUUUUUUUUCCGAACUUUACGUCGUUAAGUAAUUUCAGGAAAAUGCGGUUGUGUGUUUGUAUACAUGCUUUCGGCAUAACUGAAAAUAAAAAAAGCCAUUUCCAAUGUUAUGACACUGUGAAACGGGGCACAAGACAACAAUUGGUAGAUUCCAUGAAAUAAAAUCAAGCUAUUUAAAUAUCUCACUUUGAUUUCGUCCUUUUUGUCAUGCAUUUAGUACUUAUUUACCCCUUAUUUUGCGGCAAUAUUUUACAUACAACACCGCGCUUCCUGCUACCGGCUCAGCGGAAAGGUGAUCAGAUACAAAGAAGAGUAAGAUCACUAUAAUAAGGGCGUAAAUUUAAAUUAGAACUAAACCAAAACUACCAGCUGAUUUCGGCGGCAUGUAACUUAAAGUAAAACAAAUUACAAAAUGUACCCCGUUCGAUGAUAUCAUUUUAAGCGCGUUUUUCUCUCUAAACUGAUCGCGAAACUCCACUACGGGUUUUCGAUAAGGUGAUCUUCCAGUAGAUCAGUUAAGUAUUCAUUAAAACUCUUUUCCAUUGAUAGUUAGGUGUUGUUAUUAUUAAACUAUCCACUUGCCAAAUGGUCUUAGCAUGGUGUUUUGCCGCUCACUCCUGGGGGGCUGCGAGCUCGCCUGCAGACGAUUUUAACCCUUUGAAUACCAACUACGCAUAUAUGCGUAAUUAAUGG